UUUAGUUCCUCCUAAACCGUUGAAGAUGUCAGUAAAUUUGAAGAGCGUGCUAAUAAGUGAUCCAGUCGAUGAAUCGUGCAUAGAUCUAUUGAAGAGUCACGGCAUUGAAGUUACGACAAAGUACAAAUUACCGAAGGAUGAAUUAAUCCAAGAGCUGAAGAAACAUGAAGGUUUGAUCGUUCGAUCCGAGACGAAAGUUACGGAAGAGGUGAUUGCGGGGGCAACUAAUCUUCGAUUGAUUGGACGUGCUGGAACUGGAGUGGAUAACAUCGAUGUCGAUGUCGCCACGAGGAAAGGAAUCCUUGUCCUAAAUACACCUGGGGGGAAUGCAAUAAGUGCAUGUGAACUGACCUGUGCGUUGAUAUCAGCUCUUGCAAGAAAUGUUUCCCAAGCAGCCCAAUCCAUGAAGGAGGGAAAAUGGGAGAGAAAAUUGUUCUCUGGUUUUGAAUUGCACGGGAAAACCCUGGCAGUUCUCGGAUUCGGUCGGGUGGGUCGAGAGGUCGGUCUCAGGAUGCAGUCCUUCGGGAUGAAAAUCCUGUGUUUCGAUCCGAUAGUCAGUGCUGCUGAUGCUGCGACCGCUGGAGCCACUAAACUCGAACUCGAAGAGAUUUGGCCACUCGCAGAUUACAUCACUGUUCACACACCCCUCAUUCCGCAGACAAAAAAUUUGAUCGGCACUACAACUCUGGCGAAAUGCAAGAAAGGGGUUCGUGUGAUCAAUGUAGCAAGAGGUGGAAUCGUUAAUGAGGAGGAACUCCUGGUGGCAUUGAAAUCAGGCCAGUGUGCAGGGGCUGCUCUUGAUGUAUUCAGCGAGGAACCCCCGAAGAAUCCGGUGACCCUGGAGUUGAUAAGACAUCCUCAGGUCAUUGCAACGCCCCAUCUUGGGGCGAGCACUGCUGAAGCCCAACAACACGUGGCGCAAGAAAUUGCCGAACAAUUUAUCGCGAUUUCAGGGAAAUCGGAUAAGUAUGCGGUAACUGGAGUCAUUAAUCCAUCGGUUUUGCCUAAAUGAGGAACCAGUCUUGAAUUUUUCGCGCUCAGAGAAGUUUUUGGGGAAUAAUGUUGAAGCUCGGAGUUUUACAAAAAUAUAUAUUUUUUAAUAGAUGUCAUUUAACGUAGAAUUACGCAUAAUAAUAAUGAUUCAUCGUCGAUCGGUUUCUGGAAUCCACUGGAAUUUUUUUCUCAAUGUCAGAAUUAUCAUUGGAAAUUCCUCGUAACAUUUCCCUGAGAGCGAUAUAUUUUUUCUAAAGAAUGUGUAUGAUGAUUGGAAUAAAGAGAUUAUAAAUUG